GGUGGCCCGGCUGCUGGGUUGGAAGCAGCGCAGUCCGACUCAUCCCAGCCCCAGGAUGGCGUCCCCACGAGAACUGACCCAGAACCCCCUGAAGAAGAUCUGGAUGCCGUACAGCAAUGGGCGGCCCGCUCUGCAUGCCUGCCAGCGCGGUGUUUGCAUGACCAACUGCCCGACGCUCAUUGUCAUGGUGGGGCUGCCUGCCAGGGGCAAGACCUACAUCUCUAAGAAGCUGACUCGCUACUUGAACUGGAUUGGCGUGCCUACGCGGGAAUUCAACGUUGGCCAGUAUCGCCGGAACAUGGUCAAGACAUACAAGUCUUUUGAGUUUUUCCUUCCAGACAAUGAAGAGGGCCUGAAAAUCAGGAAGCAGUGUGCACUGGCAGCCCUCCGAGACGUUCGGCGGUUCCUUAGUGAGGAGGGGGGACAUGUGGCCGUGUUUGAUGCAACAAAUACCACCCGAGAACGGAGAGCGACCAUCUUUAAUUUUGGGGAGCAGAACGGCUACAAGACCUUUUUCGUUGAGUCCAUCUGUGUGGAUCCUGAGGUCAUAGCUGCCAACAUCGUGCAAGUGAAACUGGGCAGCCCUGACUAUGUCAACCGCGAUAGCGAUGAGGCCACAGAGGAUUUCAUGCGGCGCAUCGAGUGCUAUGAGAAUUCGUAUGAGUCGCUGGACGAGGACCUGGACAGCGAUCUGUCCUACAUCAAGAUCAUGGACGUGGGGCAGAGCUACAUCGUGAACCGCGUGGCUGACCACAUCCAGAGCCGCAUUGUGUAUUACCUCAUGAACAUCCAUGUGACGCCCCGCUCCAUCUACCUCUGCCGGCACGGGGAAAGUGAGCUCAACCUCAAGGGCCGGAUUGGCGGGGACCCAGGACUGUCCCUCCGGGGCAGGGAGUUUGCCAAGAGUCUGGCCCAGUUCAUCAGGGAUCAGAACAUCAAGGACCUAAAGGUUUGGACAAGCCAGAUGAAGAGGACAAUCCAGACAGCCGAGGCCCUGGGUGUGCCUUAUGAGCAGUGGAAAGUUCUCAACGAGAUUGAUGCGGGCGUCUGUGAGGAAAUGACCUAUGAGGAAAUUCAGGAUCAUUAUCCACUGGAAUUUGCCUUGCGAGACCAGGACAAGUACCGCUACCGGUACCCGAAGGGGGAGUCCUACGAGGACCUGGUCCAGCGACUCGAGCCUGUCAUCAUGGAGCUGGAGCGGCAAGAGAACGUGCUGGUCAUCUGUCACCAGGCUGUGAUGCGCUGCCUCCUGGCCUACUUCCUUGACAAGGCGGCAGAACAGCUGCCCUACCUCAAGUGUCCGCUGCACACGGUCCUGAAGCUGACCCCUGUGGCUUAUGGUUGUAAAGUGGAGUCCAUAUUCCUGAACGUGGUGGCUGUGAACACGCACCGGGACAGGCCUCAGAAUGUAGACAUCUCACGUCCUCCAGAAGAAGCCCUUGUCACGGUCCCUGCUCACCAGUGACUGUGUCUCGUCCACUGCGACCCCUGGGCAGGUGUUGAUCUCUGCAGACAAGGUCAUUCCGGGCCCUCUGAUCUGUGUGACAGUCAUCACACAGGAAUACCCUCAAAGCCAUGUGUGGCUGGUGGCACCCAGAACGCCUGCCCCAGCCCACCUGUUUCCUUGUUGACAGUGACAGCGUUGUACGCAGUGCCCAACCUGCUGCUAAAAAUCACUGGGCUUGACUCUGUCUGCCCCGGGCUGGUGAGAGGUUUCCCAGCACCUGAUCCUUCUGUUCUCUCUCACCGGCCGGGUGGGCUUUGUGAAGUGUGAAACCCAAAAAUGUGAAACGGAAAGCACUUGCUGUGAUGUUUCCACCCACUGAGGCCAAUUUGCCUGGGUGGACCUGGGACCCCUGCUAGGGCUCUGCCACCCUCUCUGUGGCCACUUCCUGAGCCAGAGGCAAGGUCUUCAUGUGCUGCCGCUGCCUCAGUAAGUGGAAGAGAGCCCUCCCUAUCUUGCCUCGCCAGGAAUUGAAGAGCUUCCACCAAGGCAGCCACUUUCACUGGCUAGACCCUUGGCUCUGUGCGUCUGCAUUUGUAGAUGCUCAGGAAAGCAGUGUGUUCACUUCAGCACAUGGGGAUGCACAGAAACAUGCAGGGAGUGGGGUGUUUGUGGUUACCUGUUCCCAAUCAUGCCUACACUGGAAUACUUGUGGGAGCUGGUGGCCAAGGCCACCCCUCCCCAACUGCUCUCAUGGUGCAACACGUAAAGGUGGCACAACAUGUAAAGACAUAAAGAUGGGGCAGUUGUAUGAGUCACCCUUCCCAGUACUCGAGGGAGAGGCUGCCCUCCCAUCUUCCUUUCCCAGCCAUGCCACUGGGCUACCUCGCCCGCUGCUGCCUGUGUCCACACAGGAGAGUACACUGGUGGCAGGGACCUGCAUUUGCUGUGAAGGAUUUGGAAAAGCUUGUGUGGUCCUGUGAAGCCUGUCCUGGCAUUUGUUGAUCUCUUCCUGCGGGACUAAGCUUGGGAAAGGCCAGAGCUGGAGGCAGCCCCUGGCCAGGGGAGGAUUUUCCCAGCCAUGUCACAGCUUUUGAGUCUCAUACAUAGGAAGGAGCCUGAUGAAAGCAACCUCAGGAAGCCUGCCAUCUGUCACGCCCCUGAGUUCUUUUGGGCCCAGGGAGGCGGGCUGGGCUGUGGGUUCUGGCUCCAUUUUGUAGCUGGGAGAACAGACUGGCCAGCAAGUUGUGAGGCCAGGUGAGAAAAUGUGUGGAUUUGUAGUUGGAUGUGCUGCUGUCCACAGGAGGUGGUCCUUGGUGAAGUCAGGCCCCAGGAUCCUGUGUCCCUGGCCCGAGCUGAUGGUCUCUCGGCCUUGAGUGCUGCAGCUGCUGUGGACAAACAUGGGUGGAGAGAUGUCCAAGACAGGGCUGUGGCAGGACCCCCCUUCUGGACUUAUCUCCUGUCAGAGCCCCAAGCCCCUUAGAGCCAGAGCCAGAGCCAGAGGCCCACACCACUGCCUUUGGCAUAUGGGGACUGCAGCCUUUGCUUCCAGGUCCGCUGGAGUUUUGGUGACUUCUGGUCAUGCUCACUUGUUGGCCAUAGUGGGUCCCUUUGGUCAGUGGCAUGUACAUCUUGAUGUCACCACCUCUCCAGGACCUCUGGUUGGCUGAGGUGAGACCAGUGAGGCCUUUUCUUUCUGUCCAGAGGGUAGCCAGGAGCUACUGGACCAGAUGUGUCGCAAGGACUGGGAUGGGGCAGAGGGAAGCCUGGGGUCCCAGCAGAGGCUCACCCCGAGCUGGCUCUGCAUGGGCAGCAGUCCACCUGGCUGGCUGCCCGGUUGUAGCCAGGAUAGUUGAUGUGCUCCUGUUGCAGAUGUGUUUCCCCGCCCUGGAAUGGAUGUUGUUGGAUCUCAGCUACACAUCACACUGUGUCCAACAUUCUUUGCAAUAAAUACUUUUUUAAAAAGAACAAUCUAAGGUUGUGUCUUGUGGCCUGCUCUCCAUUGGUGAGGUUCUUUCCAACGGCUCUGCAGACCCCUGUGCUGUGCUCCCUCUCAACAGGUCUGUGUGGGACCCUUGGUCCAGCUCCCACACCCAUGCCGACCCAUCCCUGGAAGCUGUCUUGCCCUGGAGUGAGCCCUGGGCAGGGCCCGAGUUUUCUCUGGGCUGACCUAGGUUGCUGGGCUGUCACCACUAAGCCAGAAACAGAUGUGUGUGGGGGGGUGGAUCUGGGUGGGGUCCCUGGAAAUGUGGGUUUCAAUUAUUGGCAUCCUUGGGCAGGGGGACCAUGCUGGGUGGAGGAUGGAAGGGCUGCCCAAGGCUGUGGGCAGAGCUUGUUGGCUGCUUAUCUGCUGUUCUUUGUCCCUUCUGGCUGGGGAAGAUGGUGACAAGGGGCACCCUUUCCUAUGCCUCCGAAGUUUUUUUUCCUUUUGCAUUAAAAAAAAAUUUUAUUGGAGUAUACUUCAUUUACAAUGUUGCAUUAGUUUCAGGUGUACAGCAGAGUGACUCAGCUAUACAUAUACAUAAAUUCAUUCUUUUUCAGAUUCUUUUCCCAUAUAGGUGAUUACAGAAUAUUGAGUAGAAUUCCCUGUGCUACACAGUAGGUCCCUGUUAUCUAUUUUAUGUAUAAUAGUGUGUGUAUGUUAAUCCCAAGCUUCUAAUUUAUCCCAACCCCUAUGCCUCAGAAUUUUGUUGAACUUUCUACACCUUCUGCCCUGGGGCUGGGGUGUUGCAGGGUUGUUUUUCUGUGGAUGUGAUGAAGCUGGGCGUGGCUGGGUGCCUACGUGUGCCUCCUAGUGUGUCAGGGCAGAGGGUGGCUGUGUCACAGUGGAUGACAGGAACUCCUGGGCUUCAUCCCCAGGCUCAGAGUGAUAUCAGCUAUGACUGUCUUCCUGGUAGGUGAGAUUGCAGGACUGCUGAAUGGUCCCCACCCUGUCUCUGGGCUCAGAGUUCCUGGAGUGGAUGCCUGACCCUCCUUGGAGGCUUCCUAGCACUUUUUGGAGAAGGUUUUGAAGAUUUUAACAGCAAAGUAACAGCAGAAGGAAUGGAAGAUAACACUAUCAGAAUUUUCCUUCAGUUCCACUGUUCUACCACAGCAUAGAAAGACCGAAUAUAUAUGGUUAUGUUGAAGAAUUUUAUAGCAUUUUGGGUUGCUUGGAAACGGUGGCCAUCGGGUAGGAUCAGAGAAUAUUUGGAUAGAAUGAAAUAUUGUUACAAAGACAUAGGUUUCAGCAACAUUUGAAUUGUAUUUAUAAUAUGAUUAUGUAUUAUAUAUUAAUAAAAUAUAAUUAUCACUCGUAAAGGCGAGUGUUGCCAUGUUUGGUUAGACCAAUCAUUAUUCAUCCCCUGAGGCUGGGCUCAUUGUUGUUUAAACAAAAACUGUUCUAUUAAAAGUAAAAAAUGGCUUUGUGGUUGACCAGAAGUGGUGUCUGCCAAAUCCUGGCUAAUGGCUACAGGUCUCUUUGGGAAGGGUUGUGAGGAAAGUACCAGCAUGAAACUGGGCUAUUUUCACAGGGCCCGCCUUAAAGAGCACCCACCCCACUUUCUUUUUUUUUUCUUUUUCUGGCACACGGGCUUAGUUGCUCCGUGGCAUGUGGAAUCUUCCCAGGGCAGGGCUCAAACCCGUGUCCCCUGCAUUGGCAGGCGGAUUCUUUACCACUGGGCCACCUAGGAAAUCCCCCCCACUUUCUUCAGUGGCCCCUGCCUGGGUUUGUGAACUAAUCUUAUCUGGAAAACUGGUGAGAGAUCCUCUCCUAUGUAGUCAGGUCUCUGGUGGUCACACCUCUAGUUCUUUUGUCAUACACAUCCAGUAGGGCUCUACUGGUCUUCCCAUAAGUUUUGGUCCCAGGGGCCUGGUGAUUCUGCCAAAGAUCCUGGUAUCUGCAUUGAAACGAAGGAGCCAUUUCAACAGUAGUGCCUCCAACCAGAAUCUCUGACCCAUGGACAGCCGUGACUAUGGGGCUUAUGGGUCAAAUUGUGUCCCCCAAAUUCAUACUUUGAAGACCUAAGCCCCAGUAACUCAUAAUGUGACCUUAUGUGGAAAUAGGGUGGUUGCAGGUGUCAUAAAUUAAGAUGAAGUCAUACUGGAGUAGGGUGCACCCCCUAAUCCAGAAUUCCCUAGCAGAGACGGCAUGGAUCCUGCUGACAUGUUGGCUUCAAACUUCCAGCCUCCAGAACUAUGAGACAGUAAGC